GCAGGACAAAGCAGGACAAAGCAAGGCAGCGCGGAGCGGAGCGGAGCCGGGCGGGCACCCGACGGCGCGUCCCGGCGGGCGGAGCGGCCCCAGCCCGGUGCCCGGUCGCCGGUGAGCGGGGCGGGCAGGAAGGGGUUACGGCGCUCCCAGCUGACAGUCAGCUGAUUGCGCCCUGAUUGACAGCCCCGAAAAGUUUCCUUGUUUCUAUACUAUUAUGCUAAUGCCGGCGGCUGCAGGCAGCCCAUUGGGCCGCCCGCCCAGCCAAUUUGCCAUUCGGAGGCUGACGUCAGGAGCGCUAUAAAACUCUGCAAUGCUUUUAAACUCUCCUGCUGGAUGAAACCUUUAAAAUAUUUUUCAUCUUCUUGCCGUAGCUUUGGGGUUGAGUUGUGUUUUUUUUUUUUUUUCUCUCUCUCUCCUUUUUUUUUUUUUAAUGAUUGUUAUUAUUUUGGUUGCGAUAUCGACUUUGAUUUUUUUUUUGUCUUCGGUCUCUUCUCCCUCCUCCUUUCCCCGAUGAACCUCUCUCCUCGCUUUGCACUUUGCAUGAGAAAGCCCAGAGGAAAGGCACCAUGAAGUGUUAAAAAUAACCAAACCGAACCUAAAAAAAAAAAAAAAAGAGAGAUUUACUCGCAACAACACCAGCUAACACUUCCAGCUGCAGUUUGCAAGCUGCAAAAAGAGAGAGAGGAGAGAGAGAGAGAGAGAGGAGGAAAAAAAAAAAAAAAAAAACCUUUAUGCAAAAGGCGAAUAGCGAGAGCCCCUCGCUCUGAUGCAUCAGCAGCAGCGGAGACUCUGCAAGGGAUAACGCGGAGCCGGAGCGAGAGCGGCCGGGGCGGAGCGGAGCGGAGCCGGAGCCGAGGCUGCGGCGAGAGGCAGCGGCAGGAGGAGCGGUGCGGAGGGGUGCGGAGCGGUGCGGAGCGGUGCGGAGCGGAGCUCGCCCGGCAGCAAGCUGGCUCACCCGGCGGCAACUCAGAGCAGUCCCCUCGCUCCCGGAGCGCACCCUUUCUGGAGGACUGUCAGCAGCAAAAGGAUGGCAUCAGAACUGGCAAUGAGCGGCUCCGACCUGCCCACCAGUCCCCUGGCCAUGGAAUAUGUUAAUGACUUCGAUCUGAUGAAGUUUGAAGUGAAAAAGGAGCCGGUGGAGACCGACCGCAUUAUCAGCCAGUGCGGCCGCUUGAUCGCCGGGGGCUCGCUCUCCUCCACCCCGAUGAGCACGCCCUGCAGCUCGGUGCCCCCGUCCCCCAGCUUCUCGGCGCCCAGCCCCGGCUCCGGCAGCGACCAGAAGGGCCACCUGGAAGACUACUACUGGAUGACGGGCUACCCGCAGCAGCUCAACCCCGAGGCGCUGGGCUUCAGCCCGGAGGACGCGGUGGAGGCGCUCAUCAACAGCAGCCACCACCCGCUGCCCGGCGCCUUCGAUGGCUAUGCUAGAGGGCAGCAGCUGGCCGCGGCCGCCGGCUCCGGGGGCUCGGGGCCGGCCGAGGAGAUGGGCUCGGCGGCCGCCGUGGUGUCGGCGGUGAUCGCCGCGGCGGCGGCGCAGGGCGGCGCGCCCCACUACCACCACCACCACCACCACCACCCGCACCACGGCGCCGGGGGGCACCCCCACGGCGCGGCGCCGGGCAGCGCGCCGCCUUCCUCCUCCUCCUCCUCCUCCUCCUCCUCCUCCUCGUCGGCCGCCGGCUCCGGAGGCGGCGGCGGCGGCGGCGGCGGCGGCGGCGGGGGCGCCGGGGGGCUGCACCACCCGCACCACGGCGGAGGCGGCCUGCACUUCGACGACCGCUUCUCGGACGAGCAGCUGGUCACCAUGUCGGUGCGGGAGCUCAACCGGCAGCUGCGGGGCGUCAGCAAGGAAGAGGUGAUCCGGCUGAAGCAGAAGAGGAGGACCCUCAAAAACAGGGGCUAUGCCCAGUCCUGCCGCUUCAAGAGGGUCCAGCAGCGGCACGUCCUGGAGUCGGAGAAGAACCAGCUGCUGCAGCAAGUGGAGCACCUAAAGCAGGAGAUCUCCAGGCUGGUCCGGGAGAGGGACGCCUACAAGGAAAAGUACGAGAAGCUGGUCAGCAAUGGCUUCAGAGAAAACGGAUCCAGCAGCGACAACCCUUCCUCUCCAGAGUUUUUCAUGCCUUAGAAAGCCCAGAGUGAACCAAGGAGCAGAGAAAAAAUAUUCAAAGGACUUCCUCCAACUUUUGAAAGUUAUUUGCCCUAAACAAUCAGCCCCAAAGGUUAAUGUGCUAGAAAUGUUAAGGUCUCCAAGCCCCUCUUCACUGCAGUUCACCAUGUCAAAGGGCAUUUUGACUUCGAAAGGCUCCUCAGACCCUCGACCCAGCUAGUUUACAGCGACCUUCCCGGAGAUCCUCCAGAGGAAGGAGGCAGGCUGUGCUCAGAAUCCUCUCUCACCCUCUGAAUGGGAUUAGCAGCCCAGUUUGUUUGAAAAGCCUCUCUGAAGAAUGCUCUGGCCCCUCUGGGACGAUGGCUUUAUCUCCAGACCCAGCCUCAUAAACCCAGCAUAUAUAUAUAUAUAUAUUUAAAAAUUCAAUUUUAUCCCCACCCCACUCCUCCUGCUGUUGGUCCAACACCUUCCCAGCUUUAAAACCAUCCCUGCUGGGUACUGGUGGCACCGAAAGCAGAGGACCUGUUACCAUUCCCCUACCGGCACCCCAUCCCACGCUGGGUGCUGGGGUCAGGAUGCGACCCUGAUGCCCCCCGAGCCGUGGGCGCUGCCUGUUGCUGCAAGCCCACCUCCUCCCAUCGGAUGGACCCCGGUGGUGCCCGCCGGGGGUGGCAGCAGGCAUGUCCCCCCCAGUUUGGCGGGCGGUGGCCGUGGUCCUCGCUGCCGCACCUCACCCCUCCCCGGCACCUGGGCAGCGCAGUGCCCUUUGGCAUCUGACCUUCUGUUGCACUGGGGUUUGAGUAAUGGUUCAAGCUCCAGAUUCUGGUUAAUUCGAGUUCCAUUUUCUGGUUAAUGUGUAAGCUGUGGGUAAACUGGUCGCUAUUGGCUGAGCAGAGAAUUAUCUCCUCUCAUAAAGACGGGGUUUAUUUUUGAUUUUCUUUAAUUCCUUCUCCCACCUCCCCUGGCUGAGCCUUUGCUGAUACCCACGUUUAUUCACAGGGGGUCACUCAGAGGCUCGGCCGGGAGCUCUUUCUCACUGCCACCCUUUCAGAGAGCUCCUGGAGGAGUCCUGCUCUGUAUGGGGACGGAGCGAGGGCAGCAGAGCCCUGAGCCCACCAGCAAUGGGACCCACUCCUGGUCCCCACACCACACUGCCAGCACAGGCUGACACCGGGCAAGGUUAGGAGCAGGCUCUAGAGUGUGAAAGGCGGUGGGAAUCGCAUGAGUAGCGCAGAGCCCUGCUGCCUCCCUCAAGUGU